CACGAGUACUGGGAUGAACAGAUGGUUUUCUCACCCUCAGUGUUACUGUUCUACCUUGGGUUCAACAAGAAGAUUCCGAACCUUUUGCAUCACAACUUUUUCUUUGACACAGACCUGGAUGAAAAUUUGAAGAACGUCUUUGCGCUACUACCUGCAGAGCACAGGAAAGGACGAGACAAGGUUUUGGGUCCUCAGGGUUCGAGUUCGAUUGGAAAGACUGGUAUGGCAGUGGCAGAAUGAAUGCCUGGCAGAGGUGGACCACUUAAGUACUUUUCAUCAUGCGCUGUUCAGUUGUUCGAUAAAUAGCUGUUCAGUUGUUCAGUUGUUCAUCAUGCGCCGUUCAGUUGUUCUCACCACGACUGGUUUUGGUUAGGACCCUUAGUACCUUUAGCUACUUAUGAAGUAGAGCCACUUCUAUCUUCUUCUAAAAUUCACGCCGAACAAAAGGAUGCGACGAUAGUGCGAAUGCUGAAGGAGGCUGUCCGUGACUUCACCUUUUACGUAAGCGCCACAAGCAAGACCGAUUCAAAAGCUGCUUACUACCCCCAUUCUGCUCCGAGUUCUAGCAGCACAUCAUCAACAAACCAUCGUGAAGCCGAAGCCCUCUUCGUGUUAAUCCCCACACCGUACACGUUGAAUGACAUCCUUUCGCAGUGCGGUCAGAAAUGCAAUGGUUGGUUUUGGACACAUUUACUAGAUGACGUUUUCAGACGGAUGGAACAGAAGUUGGAAUUACCACGAGGACGGUUGAGGCAGACUUUGGUGUACGAACGACAUGCCGGGACGAAGGAGUUCGAGACAGGGUUCAAUUCGUAUCGAGGAAACGCGUUUGGACUGGCGAAUACGUUGACGCAAAGCUUGAUCCUCAAGCCGAGCUUGGAGAGCAAGGUACCGUUGAAAAAUGAACGCACGAUCUGUAGUAUGCAUGCAAAAUAAGUACUUGUUUCGAAUUCGAUCAAGGAUCCCUAUGGAGUCAUCAUGGUCAUCAAAUACGAAGAUUAAUGAUGUCAGGUUCCCAACCUGGUCUUCGCUGGCCAUCUUACGAACCCUGGACCCGGUGUGCCCCCAUCGUUGGUUUCUGGCGUUGUCUCAGCGAACCUGUUGGACCAGAAGUUGAAGGCGGACAUCGCCGUAGACCCUCAGUCGCUCUCUUCCUCUGCUUGGUUGGUUUUCUUUAUGACAACCAAUUUGAGUUAAUAGAGUUUAACGCGAACCGUCGAAAGUGCAACGAAGUCAGCCCAGCUCCAUCUAUUCUACGAUGCGCAUUCUUGUGCAGCUCCCACCGCCAACACCCUUAAGCACGACCCUCACCCUCUUCUAAUUCCUUCUUCCGUCACAUCUUCCUAGCAAUGUGGGCCGUUUCCAGGUACGCUUGGCUCUUCGUCUCCGAUGAGUUGCCCGAAACCUUUCUAGAGAGCUGCGCUUGGACAUUAGCGAAAGUCUUUUCUUCCUCUGAUGAAGCCUAUUACCUCGAUGCCUU